AUGCUACCAGAAGCCAGCAGUGACGCUGCGGAGAUGCUGCGCGGAGCCCGCGAGACGGUCCGCGGCGUCGAUUCGCCCGUUUUGUUCCUCCCGUCAAAAAUCGAUCCACCCAACACUUUCAUCCUCAAACCGUGCAGCCUCCACGCUCGAGUCAACCACCAUACCCCCGAACAUUUCCCCGAGUCGCAAUGCAGUAGAGUGAAAUACACUCUGUUCAUCUCAAAGCGUAUCUCAGCCCGAAUCACAAACACCUAG